AUGUGUUCGGCCAAUUCGAACAUGAAUCUUUCUUAUCUCGUUUUUGGGUUUACUGGUCAAUGGCCAGUGCCCAAAAGAUUCGUGCUCACGGCCAGCGGAAAUGUUUUACCGAUGCCCGUUGGUCAGACUCUUCCUUCCGGACACCAGGGCCUAACUGGCCUCAGCAUGAGCCAGAGCGCCACCAUUUCUGGCCUCCAUCAUAGUCACCAGCACAUUCAAAGUUCGACUCAUCACACACAGCAUCAAACUAUGACUCACAUUCAGCCUGGUGGGUCUGGAACUCAUGGAUCCUCUGACAAUUUGAUGCUUAUGGCUAGAGCCUGUAUUGAGAAGUUUGGUUCUGGCCGUGGUAGCCAGUUAGGUGAAACACAUUCAACGAAUGCAUAUGCUUCGGCAGUGGCUUCACUGGCUGCGCAGCAGCAACAAGGCCUCUAUCGUCAUUCGCAUAUAUAUACAUCUCAAUCCAACAUCCUCUCAUCCUUUCCUGGUUCGGUUGUCGAUCUCUCUAGCGACUCAGAGCAUGGCGUCCCUCUCAACUUGCUUAAGCAACAGCAACAACAUUCAAGCUUGUCUUCCGCACAACAGCAGCAGCCAGCAGCUGUUUGGAGUCCUGCCCGUAUGCGUUAUCACGCAACACCUGGCUCUUGUAGCCUCGGGGGUGGUCCUCUACCUGACAAAGCCAACAAUUCUACUGAGCCUAAUCCCUCCGGCUCUACUGUAAUUGAUUUGUCAGCCAAUUCUCCUACUAAUGAGUCGUCUAUAUCUGCCAACUUCUUUAGUCCGGCUCAGCUUGAAGGGACAUCUGCUACCGCAGUUAAGGCUGCAGCUUCUACCGUGAGCUCUUGCGGACAGAGUAGUCCACUUCAUCUGACCUCUUCCAGUCGCUCAAGCUCAACACCGAAUAACUUAUCGAGGCAGUCUGCAGCUCUUGGGUUCACCACAGUAAGUAAUCCAACUCCCUCCAACAUUUCUCUCGGAAGUAGACAUGAAUCUACCUUAGCAUCUGCUGGCCUUGGGCGGUCUAUUUCAUCUGGAUCUGCUGAAUACACCAGUUUGGCCAAUGAGCGGAUUCAAACCACGACCCCAUUGAAUUCGACAGCUGAAAUAGCCACUCCGUCGCCUCUUCCUAAUACAACAUCUAGUUCUGGCCGUGGUCGCAAGCGGAAAAUGGACCGGCCAAUGCCAGUCUACUCUGGAGGAAGUAUCAAUAACAGCUUGUUGUAUAGAAUGGCAAAACUCACUGGUGAUGCUGACUACGAUGCCGGCGAAACGUUUGAGAAUGUGCCGAGUCCACUGUCUGAUGCUGGGAAUCAUGGCAACUACUAUGGCAGACGACUUCGGACUAGUUGCGUUCUACUAAGUUUCCCCGAUAACAAGAUCAAUGAAUCGACUUGCAUCGAAUCUGAUGCUGCAUCCGUUUCUAUUGCCACCUCUUCGGCCGGCAGUACCACCAGCUCCAGAGAAAGCAAAUCUGACUCCAUACAUGAAGGUGUUGCCGGGCCUCCAGAAAAACGAACACGAUCUGCUGAUUCCUUGACCUCAAAUGCCAACACUGGAAAAAAUAACAAUGCCCUCUGCUCUAGCUCUGUCUCUAGCAUUGGGAGUGGAUCUGGAGAUGAUGCAGUCUGGGAAGUGCGUGUUCCUGUGAUCAGCCUGUUGGAUGGUUCUCUUAUUCAUGGUGAUAAAGCACCUCGUAGACGCAUUCUUGAGGCUUGGUUACAGGCACAUCCAGAGUACAUGCCAUAUUCGGUAGAGCCGAGAUAA